GAAUAUAAGUACGCCAUGGUUGCGAUGCAAGGCUUCACUCAGCGCUGCUUUACCAAUUGGAAAAACCCUUCAAUUCCCACCAUGGAUUGGACUGGUACAGCUCUUGCAGUUGCUGCACUUAUCUUCUUCUUUCACGCCUUGACAUGGAAAACAAGGGCUAAUAUUAAGAGAUUACCACCUGGUCCCAGAGGGCUUCCGAUUCUCGGAAACCUUUUGACGAUAGGCGGCAAACCGCACCAAGAUCUUCGACAAUUAGCCCUCAAGUAUGGCCCCAUCAUGCACUUACGCUUCGGCUUGAUGCCCGUGAUCGUGGUCUCGUCCCCCGAAGCAGCCGAGCUAUUCCUCAAGACACAUGACCUUGUUUUCGCUAGCAGGCCGCCUCAUGAGGCUUCCAAGCAUAUCAGUUACAAUCAACAGAACAUAGUGUUCUCACCAUACGGCUCGUACUGGCGCAACGUGCGCAAGAUGUGCACCUUAGAGUUACUUAGUAACCACAAGAUUAGUUCUUUCAGGUCCACGAGGAAACAAGAACUUGAUCUCUUGGUUCAUCGGAUUCGAGAGGCUGCUGCUGCUGGUGUUGCUGUUGAUCUCAGUUCCGAAGUCACAUCUUUCAGUACCGAUGUUGCUUGUAGAAUGAUCAUCGGAAAGAAAUAUAAUCGCGACGAUUUCAGUGAAAAAGGGUUUGACGCUACGAUCCGAGAGGGAAUGCAGAUAGCAGCUUCGUUUAAUCUAGCUGAUUACAUCCCUCAAAUUAGAGGACUUGAUCUUCAAGGGCUAACAAAGCGCAUGAAGAUUAUUGCCAAGGAUUUUGAUGACUUCUUUGAGAAGAUAAUUGAAGAACAUGUUCAAUCUCAAGAUGAAAACAGGGUCAAGGACUUCGUUGAUAUCAUGUUGGGAUUCAUGGGAUCUGAAGAAACUCGUGAGUACCGCGUUGAACGAGACACUAUCAAAGCAAUCAUCUUGGACAUGCUUGUAGCUUCAAUGGAUACUUCAGCGGUUACGAUCGAUUGGACAUUGGCGGAACUCAUCCGACAUCCACGGGUGACAAAGAAACUCCAACAGGAACUCAAAGAUGUGGUUGGCACGAAGAGGACGGUCGAAGAAUCGGACCUGGAGAAAUUGGAGUACUUGGACAUGGUUAUGAAAGAAAGCUUCAGGCUUCAUCCAGUAGCACCAUUGUUGAUCCCGCAUGCAGCUAGGGAAGAUUGCACGGUGAACGGCUUUCACAUACCGAAGAACGCUCGCAUAUUCGUAAACGCAUGGGCCAUAGGACGGGACGAAAGGGUUUGGACCGAUGCUGAAAAGUUCUAUCCGGAGAGAUUCGAAGGAAGUGACAUCGAUGUCCGAGGACAGAACUUUGAGCUGAUACCAUUCGGUUCCGGUCGCAGAGGAUGCCCCGGAAUGCAAUUGGCACUCACCGUGGUUCGGCUCGUGGUGACUCAAUUGGUUCAUUGCUUUGAUUGGGAGCUUCCGGAUAAUAUGUUGGCGACUGAGUUGGAUAUGUAAGGAGUUUGGACUAGU